AUGGGACAUUACAGCAAAUUCUUGACCCCUGGAUCUCAACGGGUGUUUCAAACACAAGAACCCUCUGUUGACACACUGUUGUCAACCACUUUUGUGCGACCGGACGGGGGAACUGUAGUUAUUGCUCUUAAUUUGGGUGACGAACCCAUAGACAUAACUAUUGAUGACUUGGAAUCUAAACAAAAAUCAUGUUUUCCUAAAGAUUAUGGAUACGGAUCAACAGUUUGUGUCUGUAAUGUCACACAUUGUGAUGAUUUGGAUCCACUCGUGAAGACCCCGAAAGGUGUGGUCACUGUCUUCGAGACGAGUAAAAGUGGCGAUCGAUUCGUGAAAACAGAAUUGAAAUUCGGAGACAAUUCUGGGUUUAAAGCAAACAAAUCGCAGACAAUAACUGUUGACAAAAGUAAAGGCGUUUAUCAGAAGAUUGUGGGCUUUGGGGGCGCCUUCACAGACGCCGCCGGACUAAACAUCAAAAGUUUGCCACAAAACUUACAAAACCGUAUAAUUAGUGACUAUUUCUCUGAAUCGGGAAUUGAGUACAAUUUGGGACGCAUUCCCAUCGGAGGCUCAGACUUUUCAACCCAUGCCUACAGUUAUGACGACAAUAAUAAAGACGACUUUGAUUUACUUAAGUUUAGUCUCACUGAAGAAGACUUUAAAUAUAAAUUGCCUUAUUUGGAGUAUGCCUUAAAUGUGAGUCUAAAUAGAGUGCAAUUCUUCGGGAGCACGUGGUCUCCCCCGGCGUGGCUUAAAAAUAACUCUGAGCUAAAUGACGGU